AUUACUUUAACUGUGACUUUGAUAUAUUAACGAACGGGAAUAUAAUCAAUACGGGAAGAAAAUAACAGGAAGUGAAAAAAACAAAAAAUGCUUAUUAGAUUGUUAAUAAUUUGUGUGAUAUUUCAUAUGUCCGUUGCCGAUGAGGAUUGUCCUAAAAUAUUAUCUAAGGCCGCAUGGGGUGGAAAAACUGAGAAAGGCAUAAAUUUUCUUAUAAUACCAUUAUUAUACGUAAUAAUACAUCAUACUGUAACACCUGAAUGUACGACCCGUAAAGAAUGUUCAGCAAGAGUACAAUCGAUUCAAUCUUAUCAUAUGGAUACAUUAGGUUGGCACGAUAUUGGCUUUUCUUUUUUAAUCGGUGGCGAUGGUAAUAUUUACGAGGGUACAGGAUGGACGAAGGAAGGUGCCCAUACCUAUGGAUAUAACAAAAAAUCUGUAGGCAUAGCUUUCAUUGGUAACUUCGAAGACAAAGACGCAAGUGACAAAAUGUUGAAUGCGGCACACAAAUUGAUCAGAUGUGGUGUUUCCCAAGGUGUACUACGUGAAAAUGUUCGUGUGAUCGCUGCUCGACAAGUACGAGCAACAGCGAGUCCUGGAUUCAAUUUAUACACACAAAUUCAAAAUUGGCCCGAAUGGAGUCAACCUUAACAUAAUCUAAGUAAUAUAUUUGAUUGAUAAGUCAAAUUUUGAAAAAAUAUCAAUUAACUAAAAUGUCAUGUUAUUAAAGUUUUUUCUUUUUUUU